UUCUUUUUUCAUCUUAAAUCUUUAGAGGGUUCUGGUAAAGGACGACUAGAGAGUAGUCUGAUUGAUUUUGCGGGACUUAAAUGCUUAAUCAUUUGGUAUUAUAUAAUUGGUAACACUGCGAAUAAUUUGACGUUGUACCAAAUGACUAGUGGUCGGAAAAGAGAAAUAAUGUCUGUCCAUGGAGACCCUGAAGAGAAAUGGGAGAAAAGGAUGGUUUCUAUUCAUAUAGCACUAUAUGAUCAAAUCAUCAUUGAAGGUUCUAUAAAACAGAUUGGCAGCAUUUCACUGGAUGACAUUUCCCUCUUAGAAGGCCCUUGCAUAGAGGAUGAGGAAUACAAUGACUCUUGUUUAAGCAUCAACCAGCAAUACAAAAUAGAGGAAUGUGCAACAUUUCAUUUCCAAAGAGAAGGGUUAAAUAUAAUGUUGCAUCCAUCUUUUACAAAUUCAAAUAACGAAGAGGAGUGCAUUAAUCAGGAAAAUGAAAUUGAAUGGAAUUUGAAUAAAUUUUGCAGAGAUAAUUAUUUGUACAACAACUGCAAUUUUAAUUUGGAAUCAUUUAUUUCGAAUUACAUUGACUGUUUUACUUUCAACAAGAGGAUAUCAAUUACAUAUCUGUGUACAGAAAGUGAUAAAACUUUAAAUGAUUCAGCAAUAGGUAAAUGA